UAGCCGUGGUGACGCUCCACCAACACGUUGAGCUAAGUCUUCAAUCUGUGGCAGUCCGUAAAUAAUAUAUUCGUAUUUAUUGUUCUUUUUCCAAGGGGUGAAUAUUAACCGUACCAUUUGCGGUUGCUGGUUCAUGUGACGUUACACACCAGGACAUGCUGAUUUUUAUUCAGCUCCAUCUGUGGCAGAUAGGAGAGAAGAAAGCACUUUUACUGACAGAUAAAUAUUAACUGAAUUUUCAAAAAUGAGGUCUACGUUAAUAUUUCUUCUGCAUGCCACCUCUAUCUGCCGGCUUGUCGGUGCCACUCUGUCUAAAACGGAUGCAAAGAAGUUGCAGAAAGUUGAAGCCAAGAGCUCUCCAGCUGAGUUUUCUGUGCUAGACAGAGGCCUUGUUGUAGCAGAUGUGCAAUGGAAGGACAUAGUGAAGGAAGAAAGGAGAUUUUGUGGUCAUUGCAAGAAGACAUUUGACGGACCAGUGCUGGCAUAUAUCACGCCUUGGAAUUCCCAUGGCUAUGAUAUUGCCAAGCAGUUUGGCUCCAAGCUAUCGUCAAUGUCUCCAGUUUGGCUUCAGCUCCGCCGACGAGCUCCUGGGACGUUUGACGUUACAGGACUCCACGAUCACGACGCUGGCUGGGUCAAAGCUGUACACAAGUCAAACAAAAAAGUCAGGGUGGUGCCUCGAGUAUUAUUUGACGGCUGGUCCUACCAGGAUUACGUGAGCGUGUUUGGAAGUGAAGAUGAAAUCGAAGAGCUGUCAGAUGAACUGGUGGAUGUGGCGAAGACAGAAGGAUUCGAUGGAUUUACCCUGGAGCUUUGGAGUCAGCUGGGCGGAAACAAAAGAAAGGAGCUUGCUCACUUGGUAAAACACAUAUGUGAGACUUUAAAAGCUAAAGAGUUAGACUGCAUACUUGUUAUCCCACCAGCUGUGACGAGUACUGGACAGCCAGGGAUGUUUGGCAGGGAGGAGUUUGAGGAGUUGGCUCCGGUUGUUGAUGGAUUCAGCCUUAUGACCUACGACUACUCCAGUGGACCCAGACCGGGUCCAAGCUCGCCCCUGCCCUGGAUCAGAGACUGUGUUCUGCAACUGGCACCAAACACUCAGUGGAGACAAAAGAUCCUGCUUGGAGUUAAUUUGUAUGGCCUUGAUUUCUCGAGCCUUGGGACAGAGCCGAUCCUGGGUGGAAGGUAUGUUGAGAUUUUGCGAGAACACAGACCAAAGAUUCUCUGGGAUGAAAACUCUGCAGAGCAUCACUUCAGUUACAAAAGAAGCACUGCUGUAAAGCAUGUGGUUUACUAUCCUUCGCUGAAGUCAAUCCACAUGAGGACUUCUUUGGCUACUGAACUGGGAACAGGAAUUUCUCUAUGGGAAAUGGGACAAGGACUGGAUUAUUUCUACGAUCUCCUUUAAAUGUUGGACUUUUUGAUAAAGAACAAUUGUGAACUGG